UUACAGCUCUUUAAAACAUUGCACAGGACCAGACAAGUUUUUAAAAAUGAUGCCAGAGCAUUAGAAGCGGCCAGAAUAAAGAUAAAUCAAGAAUUCAAAAGUAAUAAAAACGAGACUUCUCCUAAGAAAAUAGAAGAG